AUGAUCCUUCAAUCACCCUAUCCUCCACCGUCAGUCUCUACCUUCAAACCCAACACUCGUUUUCCCAAACCCACCACGGCAAUCUUGAACUGCAACGUCAAACAAGGCCAACGGCACCCCUCCGAUUCGUCGUCCCCUGUUCGAGAUGAGCCGUCGGACGGUGGACAUCGCGAGUCGAUGUCGCUGGAUUUCUUGUGCGGGCCCAGAUUAUGCUGCUGUGGAAGGAGGCGGUUGAUAGGAGCUAUUGGAACCACUCUCUUGUCUGUUCCUCCUUCUAUGGCUUCCCGUUCGCCUCCCGAUCCCGCGGCUAUGCUGAACAGCAUUCACCCUCCUAGACCAGAUUGGUAUGAGGAAUUGUAUGCAUCGGCUUUGGAUAUGGGCAUGAAGUCAUAUGAGGCACAGGUUGCAGGUUAUAAGUCACUGAUCUUUGCAAAUGUGAGGGGAAAGGCUGAGACUGUGUUGGAGAUUGGGAUCGGGGCAGGUCCUAAUCUCAAGUAUUAUGCCAGCGAUAAUAGUGGUGUUCGUGUUUUUGGCAUAGAUCCCAAUAAAAAGAUGGAGAAGUAUGCACAGGCAGCGGCAUUGAAUGUUGGCCUACCUCCAGCAGAUUUCAAGUUCAUCCAUGCGGUUGCAGAGGCUUUGCCAUUACCUGACGCUUCCGUUGAUGCGGUUGUUGGAACACUUGUUCUAUGUUCUGUAAAAGACGUGAAUAUGGCACUAAAAGAAAGACUAAUGCUCCGUAAAUCCACAGAGGUGAUGAGGGUGCUUAAACCUGGCGGGCUUUACUUAUUUGUGGAGCAUGUAGCUGGAAAAGAUGGAACCAUUACCAGAUUUGUACAGGGUGUUCUCGAUCCUCUUCAGCAGACAGUUUCUGAUGGGUGUCACCUCACCAGGACAACAGGAAAGUACAUUUCGGAAGCAGGGUUUUCUGACGUUGACUUGAACAUGGUUUUCGUGCCUAAUGCCUAUUUUGUAAGCCCUCAUGUUUACGGGAUUGCUUGCAAGUAGAUGAAAAGUGGAAAGACUUGGCAUUCAAAUUAGGGCUGCACUUGUCAGAAAAGUGUAAAUUCGUCCUAACGCUGGAGUUUGGUCAUGCUGAACACGUACUGCAGCUUGUCGAUAGUCAGCUUAAGGUCACGUAGUAGUCCAAUCACGGACUAUGAUUCAAGGAUUGUUUGGCACUGAUAAUGAGUUUCAGAGAGUCAGCAUUGUUGUUUGUUCUCGUAUUUCUCACAGAAGGAUAUUGUUAUCAUGUUGCUUCUCUUACGCAUGCACUUACGGCCUGGAGAUUGCUGGCAUGUUCACCUAUAAAGGCAGGUCAUGUUACAGGAGGUUUGUACUUUAUUCUUGUAAAUCUGUUUUGUUAAUCAAGAAUGUACCAUCCUUCGCACUUGCAUAAAAA